CAAACAAGUGGCGUUUGAACCGCAGAGAAGCCUUUGGAAAGGUCUUUGACGGAAAAGUCUAGUCAUCAGUUUAAUAAACAAAGCAGUUAUUCGAUCUCGUCGCUUGGUUCCUUCAGCAGCUGCUGCUCCACCUUGUUGCUGUUUAUCACCUGCAGAAAAAAAAACAAAGGGAAAUGUCAUCAUCAAACCUAUACUCUAUGCUUAUUAUAGCAGCCAUUCUGUGCAUUUGCCCAGCGAAUAAGACAAAGAGCAAGACUCAAAAGUCCACCGAAAAUGGAACUUUAGCAACUUAUCGAAAUUCAUGUUUACGUCUUCAAAAUAUUGCUAAGUGGAUGACAGUAUUGUUCAAACUGAAAAGUGCUUGGGUUAACACAACAACAAAAAUUAUGCUUGAAAAUCCUCUACUAGGUUCAAAUGCUCGAAAAAUGCGAAAUGUUCCGAACUUGCCAAGUAUUCGUAAUAUGAAAGGAAUGGAAGCAGAAUGUUCGUCUUUGCAAAACCUUCAAAUAACACUCAGAGGUUACGUUCAUUUUCAAGCCCAACUACUGCAACUGAAAGCAGUAUUUGGAAAUAUAAUUUUACAAAGAGCUCUUAAUACAAUGAACGAGAGCGUAGCUUUAAAGAGCCAAAUCAAAAGUUUUGACCUGUUAAAUAAAACUGCUUCAAGUGCCCUAGAAAGGUUGAAAGAAUUGAAUAAAUUCUCAAGUUAUGCAAUAAGCAAUGAUGAUGCAAUUUCUAAAAGUGCUAUUAACAAUAUUCGUAAUGCACCAAAGUUACUUUCAUAUUUUCAAGCACAAACUAAUGAUAUAUUUGAAAAUUUGCUAAAUGUUACCAGGACAUCUAAUUCACUAAAACAAACUCAAAAUCUUAUGAAGACAGGGGAUUUAUUUAAAAGUCUUGGCAGGUCUUUAGAUAAUUUCUUCUUUCAUUAGCUCAAUUGAUUGAGUGGGUAGUAGUACCAUUAUGGCUAAUGAAUGUAAGAACUGUGCUUUACAUAAGUUUUUAAUUCAUCAGGAUGCUAAUUAGUUUAGAAAUUUUUUAAGUGGUAGAUGAAAUCUCAAAUGGAUGGAAUUGUGAGAAUUUAAAAAAAAUAAAAGUAAAUUAAAAUGUUUUUGCAACUUUAAACGAAUAUAUUGCGCCAUAUAUUAAAAUAAUUUAUAGCGAUGAUGUGAACUUAAUGUAUUGCAAGUACGCAAUAUAAUAAACUUGCACGUGUUUAUAUAUCUCAUCAAAAUACAUAGUUUUAUGAAUUAUGAGCUUGUGGACAGUUAACUUUCCAGGAAUUUGAGAAUUUAUAUAGCUUGUUCUUGAUAUUAGAAACAAAUGAACCAUAAUACUUUAAUCAUGGAUUAAAAAUUGAAAAUCAACAUUAGAUUGGAAUGCUGGAAAGUUUACCUUUCAAAACUAGUCAAAAUUUUACUUAAAAUCAGAAAAUUAUCAUUGUACUUGAAUUAUUAAGAAUAUACAUAUUGAGUUUAGUAUAAGAAGUUAAAAGAUAACAAAAAAAUAUUCUAUACAAUUAUACAUACAUUUUGAUUUUUUGGAGUACUGUUUAAAAAUAAUAAUUUAAAAGUGAAAAUUUUCCGAGAAAUGUCAAACAAAUUUGCAAUUUCUGAGCAAGUAUUAUAAUGUUGUUUCUUUUGAUUUUUGUUUAUUCAUCUUUCAAUUGAAUUCAAAUUAUUACCUAAUAGUUUGUUACAUGUGUUUGUUGUAUUUUAAAGUAAUUUUUUUACUGUCUUAACUCUAUAAGGACAUAAUAAAAAUACAUUUUAAGAACA